GUUUGACCCACUUACCUCUUCUUGCAUUUUCGCGUUUCGCGUCCUUGGCGAUUGACUAUUGACAUGUCCGAUUCGAAAUAUAUUUAAGAUCGGGGGAACUUCCUCACACAUAAACCAUCGACCGUUCGCAUAGCGUUGCAUGCGAGGUAAUAUGGUCGAGAGCGUCAAAAGCAGCCAGACUGGACUCGUCGCAAUUGAUCGUCGCCUCACGCCAGCUAUGGAUGGGGGCGAUAAAGUCUGACGAGUGCCAGUGUGCCGCUUGCCGGUCCCUCGCUAUGGCUACAAGUAAGCAGGUCCACACAGAUGAAAAAACACCACCUUCUAAUUCUUCCAUGGGGCCACCGAUGCCAUGGUUUGGCAUGGACAUUGGAGGCACGCUGUGCAAGCUCGUCUACUUUGAGCCCAAAGACAUCACUCCCGAUGAGGCUGAGCUUGAAGUGGAAACCCUGAGGAAUAUUCGGCGCUACUUGACUAAAAAUUCGGCCUACGGAAAAGAUGGACACAGGGACACGCACCUCCAGAUGGAUGAUGUCGUCGUGCGUGGAAGACGAGGGUCUUUCCACUUCAUACGCUUCCCAACCAGUGCCAUGGGAAAAUUCCUUGAGCUGGCCAAGGACAAGGGCAUGGCCACUUUGGUUAGCUCAGUCUGCGCCACUGGAGGUGGUGCUUACAAAUUCGAAAAAAACUUUAGAGAGGUUCUGAAUUUAUCUCUGCACAAAUUUGACGAGCUGGACUCGUUGCUGUACGGCCUGCAAUAUGUUGAGAUGAACAACCCCACAGAGUGUUACUAUUGGAAACAUCCAACCCGGGAAGACAAGUGCGAAAAAGUCAACUUUGACUUCAGCCAACCCUACCCAUUUUUGUUGGUCAAUAUUGGCUCCGGAGUGAGCAUUUUGGCGGUGUAUGGACCAGGAGUGUACAAGCGCAUUUCGGGAACCAGCCUAGGUGGCGGCACCUUCCUGGGCCUCUGCUGCCUGCUGACUGGGUGCAAUUCGUUUGAGGAAGCCAUCGAGCUAGCCUCUAAGGGUGACAACACGUCCGUCGACAAACUCGUGAGGGACAUAUAUGGCGGAGACUACGACCGCUUUGACUUGCCGGGCGAUUUGGUUGCGAGCAGCUUCGGAAACAUGAAUUCCAAAGACAAGCGGCAAUUGGUCAGCAGGGAGGACUUGGCCAGGGCCACUCUGGUCACCAUUACCAACAACAUUGGCUCCAUCACCAGGAUGUGUGCUCUGAACGAAAAAAUUGAGAAGGUUGUGUUCGUUGGCAACUUUUUGCGAGUAAAUCCCAUUGCGAUGAAGUUGCUGGCUUAUGCACUCGACUAUUGGUCCAAAAAGGCUUUGAAGGCGCUGUUUUUGGAGCACGAGGGAUACUUUGGAGCUGUCGGAUGUCUGCUGCAACUACACUGUUCUGGCAGCAGUUAAAUGAUAGAAUUUGACGCGCCAGGCCCUCUGCACAAAAGAAGCAUUCCUGUGAUGAGGAACAAGGAGCCAUCCCAGCAAUUGUAUCUCAAUGUCAGCCCAUUAUCAUGCAGAGCUAUGUGUGACCAAAAGAAACGAAAAGAGCCAAGGUGGCCUGCGUAGACAAAAAUAUCCCCGUUAUUUUUUUAUUCUGUUAGCUGUUGCGUAGCAUUUCUAUGAUGGACACAAUUCACAAGAGUGGUGCUCCAAAAUCUGUAUAUAAUUAUUCCUGCUAGUAAGUGAACUUCUGAUUUGUCAUAAUUAUACAAAGCUUAGAGGAUGCAAAUCAUUCACUUGCCUUUUAAGAAUUGACGAGAUAUGCGGCAGUAAUUUAUUACUAUUGUGUUGUGUAUGUUGUAAGUUAUCACAAACCAUUGAACCAAUAUGUUUCUCAGAAAAUGUGUACCAAUCUUGAGCAAAAUACAUGAAUAAUUUUUUUUAA